AUGUCUGAGCGAAAAGUUCUUACCAAAUAUUACCCGCCCGAUUUCGACCCUUCGAAGAUUGUUCGGUCGCGUGCUCCAAAACAAGCUGGUCCAAAAGUACAGGUUGUUCGUUUGAUGGCACCGUUUCCAAUGAAGUGCACCGCCUGUGGAGAAUAUAUUUACAAAGGUCGAAAGUUCAACGCCCGCAAAGAAACUACAGAGGAGAAGUACCUAGCUAUUACCAUUUAUAGAUUUUAUAUCAAGUGUACGAGAUGUUCCGGCGAAAUCACUUUCAAGACGGAUCCCAAAAACAUGGAUUAUCAAUGUGAGCGUGGUGCGAAAAGAAAUACCGAACCAUGGCGUGCAAAUGGAGGGGGUCUUCAGGAGAGUGAUGAAGAGAGACUAGAUCGUUUGGAAAGAGAAGAACUAGAGCGAGAUGCGAUGCAGGAAUUGGAAGACAAAACUGCAGAAGCAAAAACCGAAAUGGCUGUCGCUGAUGCCUUGGAUGAGAUUCGCACAAGAAAUGCAAGGAAUGAACGGGUCGGAAAGGAUGGAACUGAAGUCACAGUAGCCCGAGAAAAUGUUGAUUCGGAACGAGAAAGGCAGGAAAGAGAAGACGAAGAUGCUGCUCGAAGGGCGUUCAUGAGGAGACAGGAGGCUAUGGAAGAGGUUAUAGAGGAUGAUGCUGACGAUGCCGGUGCAGGACCAGCACCAAAGAUUUCUAAAGAAGAGGCAUUAGCAAUGCCGCCUCCGAGCUUCAAAAGAGUUGUAAAGAAGAAAAAGGAUCAUGCUGCAGCAUUGGGGAUCAAAAAGAAGCCUUCUCUGGUUUGA